UUCACACAGUUGAAUUCGUUUCGCAAAAGGACGUGGUCCCUUCAAAAGUUAAGAAAAUGAAGACCAUUUUGGUGUUGUUCAGUAUAGUCGGAGCGGUGUACUCGGGUCCUAUAGCACAAGAAGAUUCUGUUAUGCGAUUGGUUGUCAACAAUUUCGUGAAUUGUAUGAACAGUGAUAUCAAUUUGUGUUUGAAGGAACAUGCCCUCAAAGCAGCAGAGAGGUUAGGUACAGUGCGCAAAUUAAAUAUUAUUGAUGGCCUGACUAUUUACAACAAUGGGCCAAGAGAUUCAAAGAGCUUCGAAGCACUUUCAACUGAACCAGAACUCAGGAACAAGCAGAUAACAGAAAGACUUUGGGACAGUGCUGGAGAUCUUCUGCAAAAGAGUGACUUAGAAGUUAGCUUCGCUGGUUCAGAGGAAGAAGAAGAAGAAUCGCGGUCGAUUGGAGAUGUUGAUGAAGGCCGUGGCAAGAAGAAGAAGGCACUCAAGAAGAAGUUGAAGCUUCUCAUUCCUUUAGCCAUCUUAGCCAAGGUGAAAGCGGUCGCUCUGGUAGUCCUAGCCCUUCUUGUCAUCGCUGCUUCCCUCUUCAAGUUGGCUGUCCUUGCCAAGAUUGCUUUCAUCGCAAAGGUAAUUGCCAUCAUCAAGGCUUUGAUCGCCAAGAAGUAUCAUCAUGAGGAGGAACACGCCUGGGUAGCUCAUGAGGAGCAUGGUCCACCUGUGCAAGUACCACACGGAGGUUGGGACGGUGGCUGGUCCCGUUCAAGAAACGAAGCCAAUAACCUGGCUUACUCUGCCUACCAGCAAUAAGUUACCAUAUUAAAAUAUUUAUGAAUGUUUAAUUUAUUAGAAUGGAUGUGUGUCUGAGAUAUUUAAGUUGCGAUUUAUGUUAACUCAUUAUUAAGUUUUUUUUGUUUUGUAAUCUCGACUUUCUCUGUUUAAUUACCUGCAAAUGUAUAUUUUUUAAUGCAAUUAUCUAUCUUGUAUAAUUAUUUGUAUGUAUAUAUUUAUGUAUAUAAUUUAGUAUAUCUUCAUAUUUGUACUAAUUCUUAUUGUAUGUAUUUAUAAAUACUUUUUUCAUCUUUUAUUAUAUUGAUAUAUAAUUUAUUUUAAUAUUAUUCUUUGUAUGUUAUGUUUGUAUUUCUAUUAAUAUUGUUUCUUUUUUAAUAUUAGAUAGUAUUUUAUUAUUAUUUUUUAUAUUUUGUAUUAUAUUAUUAUCAUUUAUUGUAUUUAUAUUAUAUCGUUUACUUUAUUAACAUUACUUUUUUUAUUGCUAAGUAUAUUAUGUGAUAUUACUGUUUGUAUAUAUUUAAUUUAACUUUUUUAUGAUCUCUUUUAUGUUGUUUUUUUUUUAUUAUUUCAUGUACAGUGUAGUAUAUCGUGUGGUCACGAGCAAUGAGUGUAACUUAUUUAUUGAGUGUUUGUGAGAUAGUCAUUAAUAAAGUAAUCUUCAAUAAA